AAAUUCAAUUUUAAGAUUAUCUUAAAGUUUGAUUGGUUAUUACUUAUUACUUAACAUGAUAUACUGUGAGACAGUUCCUACUUGGAAGUGUGAGGAGAUUAAAUACAAAUACAUCCAAAAUACUCAAUAAAAUGCCUGAAACGGCUGCAAGAGUUUUAUCCAUUCAAAGUCAUGUUGUUUCUGGAUAUGUUGGGAAUAAAAGUGCUGUAUUCCCAAUGCAGCUGCUGGGCAUAGAAGUAGAUUUCAUAAAUUCUGUGCAGUUUUCAAAUCAUACGGGAUAUAAAGCUUUUAAAGGACAGAUUUUAACUGAAAACGAUUUGACGGAUUUAGUGGAUGGAUUAUCAGCUAAUGACAUCGAUGUAUAUUCACACUUACUAACGGGGUAUAUUGGAUCUGAAUCUUUUCUUAAAAAUAUCAUAAAAGUAGUAGAACAUCUUAAACGCAAGAAUCCAGAUCUAGUGUACGUCUGCGAUCCUGUAAUGGGAGACAAUGGAGAGUUAUAUGUGCCAAAAGAACUAGUACCGAUAUACAAGGAUUCUGUUGUAAAGUUAGCUGAUAUUAUUACUCCAAAUCUUCUUGAGUUACAGUUAUUAACCGAUAUAGAUGUCAAAUCUGUAGAGGAUGUUUGGAAAGCUAUAGAUAUUCUACAUAAUAGAGGUGUAAAAAAUGUUAUUGUUUCUUCAGUUGAAAUACCCAAACGGCCUAAUUUUUUAAAUGUAUAUGCUAGUUCUAGUAAAGGAGAAAAUAAAGAAAAGUAUUGUUUAGAAAUUCCAAAAUUACCAAUUACUUUUACGGGUUCGGGAGAUUUAUUCGCAGCUCUUAUACUAUCUUGGAUGCACAUUAGCAAUAGUAAUCUGAAGCAAUCCUUAGAAAAUACGAUAGCAUCCUUGCAUGCCGUUUUAAGAAGAACUCUGGACGCUACACAAGGUAAACCACUAACAGCAUUUAAUACGGAGUUAAAGCUAUUGCAAAGCAAACGUGAUAUUGAAGAACCAAUUGUAAACUUCAAAGCCACAAGAGUCUUAUAAUGUCUUAAAGACAAACCAAAUAGUAUUAAAAGGUUAACUUUUUAUGUAAAUUUUUUUGUUGUUAUUUUUUUGGUAAUUUUAGUUUAGUUUAGUUAAUGUAGCAAACAAUUUACGGCAUAAUUCGAUUAUUGUAUUUUUGUCACGUUUAUUACGAAGUUAAAAAGUUUAGAAACGAAGCAAACAUACACAUAAAUUGAAAUUUGCGGGAUUUAUUAAUAUUUCCACCCGAACUAAUAUUGACACAUAAAAGCUCUUAACACAUGUUUUAUUUCAACAAUAUUUUUAAAGUAUAGUGCUGGUCAACAUGUACCAGUAUUAUCAGUUAUUACAGCGUUAUUUAAAAAUUAUUUCGAAAAGUAGGAAAAACACUAUAUUUUCUACAUGCAAGAUCAUGAUGAUUUUUUUUAUUCUGUUUACACUCUAAAGAGCUGAUUAAACGAGCAAUUUAGCGACACCCUGAGAUUGCACAACCAUGACACUCGUUGCCUUCCAACGCUACGCUUUCUUAAAAUCCUUGUCUGCAUGAUAUUCUGCAGAAGCUGGUAUUUUAUUCCUCUCAUCACUUGGUCAAGGUAUUGUAGUUUUCGUAUCUUCAUUUCAUUAUUCAGUUCUGUUUCUUUUGAAAGUCUUCGCAAGACUUAAUCAUUCGUGACUCUGUCUUCUUAAGAUAUUCUCACGAUUCUUCUGUAAAGCUAGAUCUCGAAACUUCCACUUUUCUCAUCACAAAUUUAGUGAGAGUGGCUUCGUCUAUACUGUAUGAGGAUAUUGUGAGAUAAAUAUGUAACUUCUAAGCAUGCGCAUUUUUAUGUCAAAACUCAAAGUUCUAUUGCAAAAAAAAUUGUUUUAUUUUCAUUUAUGAGUUUACCUACAAUUUUAAUUCUGGUUACUAGUUCCUUUGAAAAAUCACCAAUCAAGCGUACAGCGACCUAGAAAUCAGUUCUCCAAGAACAUCAAGAAGAAGCAAAACUGAUCUGACGUGACAAUGGUAAGAGUGACCUUGCCAAAAAGUCGUUAAAACAAUGGUUUUUCUAGAAACCAAAACUAUUCAACGCGGAGUCAAACUCGGAGAACCACUGAAAAUUAUGAUUUUAUUUGAAUACAAUUAAAUAAUAGUAUAUUAUUCAACGAGCAUGUAAGGUUGGCUAUUACUCACGAUGAUGAAGUUUGCGAGUAAUAGCCAUCAUUAAUUCAUCAGAGUGAGUAAUAGCCAUUACAUGCGAGUAGAAUACUAUGCUAUAUUUUUUCUACGACCUUCUAUUUUUAUUACUAGAAAAAUUAAAUUAUCAACUACUCUCGAUUAAAAUUAAAAUUUACAAAAACAAAUGUAAUUCGCCAAUAGUACACAGCUGAAGAAUUCUUCUUAAAGUUCCCUGUCCUAUAGGAGGUUGGAUAUCAUAAUGGCUAUGGUCACUUUGUUGGCUGCUGCUCUGAACAGUUGUAAUGAACUACAGUUAAACCAUUCUCUAAGGUUCCUCAGCCAGGAGAUGCUUCUUCCUAUGCUUCUUCUUCCUUGGAUCCUUCCUUGCAUAAUAAUUCUCAGCCACUCAUAUUUUUCUCCUCUGGUAAUGUGACCCAAAUAUUCCAGUUUUCUAGUUUUUAUACUGUUCAUAAUUUCUAAUUCCUUAUUUAAACGUCGUAGCACUUCAACAUUGGUAAUCCUUUGAACCACUGAAUUUUCAAUAUUCUUCUGUAACACCACAUUUCGAACGCUUCUAUUUUUCUUAUAUGUUGGCUCUUCAAUGUCCAAGCUUCCAUUCCGUAUAGUAAUAUAGAAAAUAUGUAGCAUCUUAGAGCCCUCAAUCUGAGAGGCAACUGAAGGUCUUUGUUUGUAAGCAGUGUCUUCAUUUUUAUAAAUGCUUGCCUUGCAGUUUCAAUUCGGACUUUGAUUUCUUUGCUUUGGUCAUUUUUAUCAUCAAUCCAGGUUCCCAGAUAUUUGUAUGUCUUUACUUUUUCUAUUUGGGUGUGCUCUAUCAUUAACCUUUCAUUUCCAUGUUUUGUUUUUGAGACAAUCAUAAAUUUAGUUUUUUUCUUGUUUAUUUUUAGUCCGUAUCGAAUGCAAUAAUCAUUAAUUCUAUUUACCAAUUCUUGUAGCGACUCCAGGGUGUCUGCCAUUAUAACGGGGUCAUCAGCGAAUCUUAUGUUAUUUACUAUUCUUCCGUUUAUAGAGAUUCCAUCACUUAGCUCCGCUAUCGCUUCCUGAAAUAUGGCUUCACUGUACACGUUAAACAGAACAGAAAGAACACAACCCUGUCUUACUCCUCUCUUUAUAUCAAUAUUCUCCGAUUCUUGUUUUUCUAUCUUUAUACAUAUUGGCCUUUUGAUUCCAAUACAGAUUGAUGAUAAUUCGUAAAUCUUGUCUGUCUAUAUCUCUGUUUUUCAAUAAUUCUAUUAGUUUUUCAUGUGGGACCCUGUCGAACGCUUUUUCGAAGUCGUUGAAACAGGGAUAAAUAUGCAGGUUCAUAUCUAAGCAUCUUUGAGAGAGGACAUUAAACGCAAACAAUGCCUCUCUUGUUCCAAGUCCUUUGCCGAACCCAAAUUGGGUAUUAUCCAUAUCAUCUUCUAGGUUUCUGUAUAAUUUUCCAUGAAUGAAUCACCUUUAAAAAUAUUUUGAGGGUAUGGCUUAUUAGUGAAAAUGUCCUAUAGUCCCACCAAUAUUUGGCAUAUAUUGUUUUUGGUAUUGUUACAAAGGUGGACACCAACCAUUCCUGAGGGAUUUUUCCGGUUUUAUAUAUGUAUGUACUUCAUUAAGCUGAAGAAUUGGUUGCGUACAAUUAGGAGGCGUAUAAUAUUGUUAGAAUAAGUGUUAAGUGUCUCGACCGUGAGAAUUAUUCGUAUACAGAUAAAUAUUAUUUUGAUGUAUCUCUGUUAGGUCCAGUUUUUCAGUGAGAUGUUAAAAUUUUGGUUAGCUAACCUCAAUAUUUUAACCCUUCUAGCGUUUUUUAGUGCUUUAAACCAGGUUAAAAAAAAUCUUGGUUAGCUAAAUGCUUUUUUUUCUUCUGUUGGCUGCAGCAAUUUUACUUGCGCAUGUGCAAUUCGAGAAUUAGCAGACAAAUCAUUUCAUAACAUUUAAUAAUAACGAGAUAGAAUGACCCCCACGAUAAAAAAAUAAUUAACCUCUUUUGUCAGGCAAUACUCUGAACAUAAACAUAUAAAAAACCAUGAAAUCCUUUAUAAAAGGUAUAUUUGUUAAAAUCCCUAUACAGGGCUACAUCAUAAAACAAACAAAACUAGUUUUCAAUCUGUUGACCAAUCAUGAUCAGUGUUUUCUAAAAUGUGUAUAACCUGAUAAAAUGAUGCAAAGCAUUUAAAAUUUUGACUAGGAUUUUAAAAAGUUAUAGGUUAUACUCACUUGAAUCAAACAUGCUAACCACCAAAGCUAACCAUGGUGGUUAGCAUGUUUGAUUCAAGUGAGUAUAACCUGUAACUUUUCAAAAUCAUAGUCAAAAUUUUAAAUACUUUGCAUCAUUUUAUCAGGUUAUACACAUUUUAGGAAACACUGAUGAUGAUCGGUCAACCGAUUGAAAACUAGUUCUGUUUGUUUUAUGAUGUAGCCCUGUAUAGGGAUUACAAAUACAUAUUAUACCUUUUAUAAAGGAUUUCAUGGUUUUUUGUAAUAAAUGGUAUACAGCCAACUACAGGAAAAAAUUUUUCCUCGUGGAUAAACAUAUAAUUAUAUGACUCUGAUGCAUUCACCGCACCUAUGCGCAAGCGUAACCACAAACUACAGGGUUAACCCAUCUAACGAGUAUCGGUUAAAAUUAAACGGGUUUACGCGCUAACCUAGUACUGAAAAACUGAUUUACCAUAAAUAUUUCGGUGACCUAAAAUUCAACAGGUUAACCCAGCACUGAAAAACCGACCCUUAGAAGAUCAAAUUUAAAGAUUGCAACGCAAUAGCACGCCAGCUCAUGUAAUGUAAAAUGUAAUGAGUGUUUUUCGACUUUAAUAUAUUGUCACAGGCAUGCAUCACUUGAUUAAUUAAACUCGUGAGUAAUGACCCCUGAGUAAUUAACUAUUACUCACGGAUAAAGUAAUGGGGUUAUUAUCUAUUCAAAAAUAGUGAAUAAUGACUAUGUUAUUAAACGGUCGUAGAAAAAAAAACGUAUUUUACGAGCUUUCAUGUGUUUUUUGAAGUUUUGUAAGAAAAUUGCAACUUGCAUAUGACGCCGGACUAAAUCGUUCAUUAGGAAAUUUGUUGGGUUUAAUGUAAACAAUUUUUUGUUAUAAAGAUAAAUUAGAUCUCACAUGAUUCUUUUUCAGAAGUUUUUAAAUUGUCUAAAUAUUCUGAUAAUUUAUAACCUAACCUAAUCUGGCGGAUCAGUCUGGUUAACUAGUAUGGAAAAGUAACUAUUAAAAAAGUUAUCUUGUCAUUCCAAAUGUUAAUUUAGGUAAAUAGUUAAUAAUUUUUAGUAAUUACUCAUGGCAAAUGAAAUUUCCAAAUUUGAGGCUAACUUCAUUAUGUAAAUUUUAUAAUAAAAUUAGGAAUUUUCUAAGGCAAGGAUUAGUAAUUACUAAGUGAAAAUGUUUUUAUGUAAUAUAGUAGGUAAUGCUCCUGUAUCCGCAAGUACUACGUUCUGUGCAUCACCACGGUCAUGUGAAACUGUGGAGAUGAACGAACACUAAGCAAAUUGCGUUGAUACACAAAAAUAUAAUUUCUAAUGACAUAUUGCAUAGAUAUAUAAAUUAUACCGGGCGGUGAAUCGUAAAACAGGCCAUAGGAAACUCGAUGUAAAAUUCUAAACUGUUGAAUUCCUGCUUCCCUAAUUAUUUUACAUCAAGUCAUGAGAAAAUAUUUGUAGAGGAUUGAAAUCUGUAUUAAAAUCAAAAGUUAAAAUUGUUCUACGAUUUAAAUGCAUUCCAAAAUUUUGAAAAAUAUAAUACAUUUGCACAGUACUUAGGUAUAUGUGUAAAAGUUAGGCCACACGUUACUAUUUAACUGACAGUGCUCACACCAUUGACUGAAUAAAAAAUCUUCAUUAUUAAUACUUUCUCCGCAACUGAGGGUAUCUUAUCAACUGUAUUGUUUUUAAACAAUAAAUGAUAAAAUAAAAAUAUUGACAGUUCAAAAAUGUGAAAAUAAUAACUUCAUCGUGACACAUUAUUGCACUGUGUGUGGCCUAAUUUUGGGCUGAAAAACUGAAAAAUGUAUUACAUUUUUACAAAAUUUUGGAAUAUGUUCAAUUCGUAGAACAAUUUUAACAGUUCUUUUCAAUACAGAUUUCAAUCCUCUACAAAUAGUUUCUAAUGUCUUUUGAUGUAAAAUAAUUAGGGAAGCAGGAAUUGAACAGUUUAGAAUUUUACAUCGAGUUUCCUAUGGCCUGUUUUCCAAUUCACCACCCGGUAUAAGAAUGGAAUCUUACAACGUAGUACAUUGCACAGUAUUGUGAUUAUGUACAACUUACUUUAAGUUUUCAAGUCUGGAUACGAUUACAAUAUUUCUGCCUAGGGUCGGACUAAGUCUACAAUCUUUGUAUUUGCGAGUCAUAAGUCAUCGAGGCUGUACUGAGAUGAGCAAAGUCUGCAUACUCUCAGGUGCUCCACAUUCUGUUUUUGCCCAAAUUCACAAAAUGCGUCGUUAUCUGUGUUUAUACCCCAUUUAAUGAGGUUCUGUUUUACAGGGGCAAUGUCAAUGCGUAUGCGGUUGAGUGUCCGCCAGGUUCAUUCCAUUGGGUAGUUCUGGGUGUAGGAUGAACAGUUCGGGGGUGAUUCGACGCUGACGUUUCUCAUAAAACUUUUCCUUGGUUUAAGCCGGCCGCAUCGAAAGUUUACCUGAACUUCUCGACAUAUUGCGAGACGCAUCAACGGCGAUGCGAAUCCAUCUGCCCGCUACAGUAUUGAUAGAGGGGUAGAUUUCAUACAGCCGGUAGUUACUAUACAUAAAUGAAUUUCAUUUAAUGCCGUGGUAACUUUUUGGGCGUGUCUAGAUCUACCCCACACGGGACAACCAUAUUCUCAGGCCUCACUGGAUCCAAACAAAUGAUACUAACAAGAUAACAAUUAUGAUAAUGGUCUAGCUGUAACCAUUGGCAAUUAUUUUCUAUAUUUUUAAAAAUUAAUUAUUUAUAUUACUGUGCAGUAUGCAAAAAUUUUUCCAGCAGGCUGUCUCUAGUUUCAGUACAUCCAACGUCCCUUUAAUGUAAGUUGUUAUUGCACGACGUCAAUAUUAGGAAACAUCAUAAUCAUUUCCAAAUCUUGACGCGUGUGAGGCUUUGACAGAUUUAAUAAUACCAUGGUUGUGGUUGAAGUUUACCUUGACAUUUUGGUAACAUGACGUCGUAAUAAUUUGAUAACAUACAUUUGAGCUAACUCAAAUAUACCAAAUGUCAAGGUUCAUCCUCUUAAAUUCUUCUUUCACUUUUUUGUCGUUAGUUGGAUUAUUGUUGGACUAUUCUUGUUGGAUAUUUCAAGUGUUAACAAUUUCGCUCUUUGUUUCUGUUCGACGUUGGUUGAAAAAAUUUAAAUUUCAUCCCUUGUAUGCGAUGGGACUCCCUCCAUUGUAGCUUUUUUCAUCCUGUUUCUUGUAUGUUCUUUUGUUGUUUGCCAGAAUGCUAUAGCCUGCCGGCUAAAUUCCCACUUUGUGAUGUUGCUAAGUUCAGCCGGCCAUUCUGGAUCAGACGCUGCUAAGUUUGUAGCGGAUGUAAAGUCUGGGAUGCCACUUCCACCUUCUGAAGGUAUUCUUCUUCGCCGUAUGCCGUUGUGUCUUUGUCACCCGUCCACUCUGGUCUACUGAAGUGAAAGGUGUUAACCCCCCGUGACGUGGACGCGUUAGAGGAGGCUCUAACUCUCCAUGGAGCGGGUUAAUGAACACAUAUGAUUCCAUGCCCAAAAGCAUCGAGUGUUGAAUGGCUUGGAAUGACUUGUUUGUGUAUAAAUAUAUUAUCAUUGCAUCAGCGCCUUUUUCGCAAUCCACUUUGUUCUUAUCGUAUAAGUACUUCUGAGCCUGUGUAUGAUAGAAAUCUUUGUGAUUACCUGAAUAAUAAAAUGCAAGUAAUAAUUAAUUUGAAAUUAUGAUUAGGAUAAUAACAAUUUUUGGUAUCUAUAUUAUUGUCGAAAUAAUUUUAUUUCUUGGAAAUAGGUAAUUUCUUACUCAUCUGAAUUUUGGUAUUGGUAGAUGAUAUAGUUUACGAAACAAGAAAGCUCUAUUGUUUCAAAAUAUCAUCAAUCAGCCAAUCGCGUCCACUACUGGACAUAGGCCUUCCUCAGUUAUUUCCGGUGUUCUCUACACUGGGCUGCUUGUAGUCAGUUUCCCCGCUACUCUUUUUAUGUCGUUGGUCGUCCUUGGCUUCUUUUAUGGUUUCUGGGCCUCCAUUCCAUGAUUCGUCUUGUGCACCGUCCAUCUUGUGUUCUAGCUAAGUGCCCUAUCCAGUUCCACUUAAGCGUCGUGAUUCUUUCGAUGACGUCUUGAACUCCUGAUCUUUGCCUGAUUUGUGUGGUCUCGAAAGCUCACGUUCCAUGGCUCGUUGUGUCCGAGUUUAUUCGCGGAUUUUUGCGUUAGUGUUAAAAGUCUCUGCUCCAUAGGUUUGUACGGGAAAACACAUUGAUUACACAGGCCUGCAAAAAAUAUUUUUUUAAAGUUGUUUGAAAUUUGAUAACUGACUUUGAUGUACUUUUCAGCGCUGAUUUCAAAAAUGUAAACCAUUUUUGUCUAUCACGUCAGGUUUUCUCACAAAUUAGGGGGUAUAUUUGGGUAUAAUAACAAAAUGUAAGCAAUUUGUCACCUCUUUCCAACGUUAUAAAAUUUAUUUUAUUUAUUAGUCAUGUUCUAAUCUACAUUGCCGGUACACUUACAUUUAUUUUUUAAGCUCAAAAGUCCUUAUAGUAACGCUAACGCUUUCUGUCGAAGCUUCUUUUACUGCUUUUCCGGCUUUGGACUCGUUGAGGGUCAUCUCUUUUCAUCACCCAGCAGUAGUCUGCUAUCAUGCUGACGUUUCAUCUUCCUUGGUAUCUUCUUUCCAUUUCUUUGAUGUCUCGGUGAAAUCUUUCGCCCUGCUUUUCACUGGCAUCACCAAUGUUUGCCGGGAAGUACUCAAGAUGUGAGUGGAGAAAGUAAAGCUUAUAAUGCUCAUGUUACUUCUUAAAGUUGUCGAUCAUGUCUGCGACGAUUGUAUUGUAGUUUGGAUCUUUUUUGUUACCGAGGAAAUCGGUAACACCUAAUUUAAAAGAUGUCCAAGUCGCCUUUUCAUUUUGUUCACAAAGUUGGGAUCUCUCAAUAGUUUUCUAUGUCCAGUCCGACAAAGAUUUCUUCCUUUAGUUUUGCCGUGGAUAAACCAGGAUACUGUCCACAAAGAUAUCUGAAACACUCCCCUUCUUUAUUCAGUGCCUUGAAAAAUUGUUUAAUCAGCCCUAACUUAAUGUGAAGUGGUGGAAGUAUGACCUUUUUGGGAUCCACAAAGCUUUUCCUCUCAACAUUUUUAACUCCUACUUGUAGCUUUCUCUCAGGGCCCAAUAUUUUUUAUGUAGUGUUGCUUUCUGUCUCUACUGUCCCAUUCAUAGAGAAAGCAAGGGAACUUUGUAUAGCCACUUUGUUGACCAAGCAGCAUUGAAAUAACUUUUAAAUCACCACAGUGUACAUUUGUGGUCUGAGCAGCAGAGUUUGCUUAACACCAGGUCAUCUUGGGAGAAAAAAGAUACAAAUUCCCUUUCCGUACAUCGAUACCAAGAGAAAGAUGUAUCCGGAACCAGCAUAUGUUUAUUUUUUAUUCUAGAUCCUAAAACUUCUGCAGAUUCUUUAGAAAGCCUAGAUCUCUUACUAAAUCCUUCAGCUCAAAUUGUAAGAAUGGAAUGGGGAUCGGUUGUGCCAGGAUCGUAGUAUUGUACAAAAUAUUGCUACUUUCUCAUAAUUACUCUUUAUUUUUGUGAAAUAACUGUAUUUGAUAGAAUGUUUUCACUAUUUUUCCCGAAAUCAGCGUUGAAAACAGUAUGAAAAUCACUUUCUCCUAAUAACUCUUUAUUAUCAUUUUGUGAAAUAACUGUACGUGAUGGAAUUUUUUCACUAUUUUUCCCGGCAUCAGUGUUGAAAACAUAAUGAAAAUCACUUAUUAAAUUUUAAACAAUUUUUUGGUCGCAUACCUUUGUUAUAAACCUUUCGCUUAAGGCACAUGAGAAUUGAACUUUUUAUAUGGCUUAAUUUGCCCAUUUGCUAAGUGCUGCCCAUGUUGGGCCUAUUCGCCUCCGUAUUUCAUGUGGUUGAUCGUCUCUGCUUAUUAUGAUCUCGUGUCCCAGAUAUUCGUGAGUCUCUGUUUGUUGUAUGGUGUUAUUGUCAAUAUUUAUAUUUCCACUCAUUACGAGAUGUGUCGUUUAGCUUAGUUUUCUCAAAGUUUAUUGUUAAUCUUGAUCUCCCAGACAAAGUUUUAAGCGAAUGUAUCAUAGAAACUAUGUAUGUCUUGUAAGUUGUCUGCGAUUAAUAAAUAUAUCAUCUUCUGCAAACCUCAGAUUUUCUGCAUCCAUAUUGAUGCCCAUAUCUUGCCAUUGAGUGUUCUUAAAUAUUGAUUAUAGAGCUGCCGUGAACAAUUUUGGUGAAAUAUUGUCCAAAUAUACCGAAAAAUUAAUAUGUACUUUACAUUUUUACUAUCACCGUAGCAGCGCGGAUACAAGGGCAUUACUGUUUUUAGUAUUUUUAUUGAAUUAUCGUUGGUUAAAUUUUACUUGUUAACUACCAAUUUGUUAAAUUGUUUACAAUAUGUUUUUUAACUGUUUUUAUAUAUUUUUCGUUAUUUAAAUGUUUUUUAUGUAUAACAAUGUCUUCCGAAAAGCCUUAAAUUGGGCAAAAUAAGCCAGUUUUGCUCAAUUGAUCGAUGUUGUAUAAAUCUAAUAAAACAAUAGUAUUUUUA